GGCUGGAGUGCCCAUGGUGGUGCAGACGGCGUUCCAGGAGCAGGGUGCCCUUGUCAACGCCUCCGGGCACGACAUAGGCACUCGAGACAUCACCACGUUCUCGUCUAACCCGCUUCUUUGGCAUCUGUUUUACGUCCAUCCGGAUUAUAAUAAAAUCAUGGGUGGAGAGUUCAGCCUCGUGCACAGGCCUUGCUAUGAAGUGUACGUGUUCCCCACCUUUAGCCAGCGCUUUGCAGCUGAACUCGUGCAAAUUGCAAAUACUGUGAAUCAAUGGUCAACAGGAACAACAAAGCAGGACAUGAGAAAGAAGAACGGCGUGGAGGAAGUUCCCACGGUCGACCAGUGGUUCUCCCAGCUCGGUUUAGAAGACCUUUUGGCUGAGCUCUUUGGCUCCAUCUUUCAGAAUAUUGAUGGAUUCUCUUAUCCUAGUCAUACCCGAUUCAAGGCAGAUGAGUUACCUGGGUUACCGAAGCACAAUGAUGCCUCAGUUGCCACUUUGCUAUCAAUCUUCUUACACCUAGUGAGCUCUACAAGUGAGAAAUCUUUGGGUGGUGAAGUGGAGUUCCCUGUACAAGAGUGUCGCAUCAAGCCAGAAGUGGGUCAUGUACUUGUGCAUCCAGGUCGUCUCACACAUCCAAAGAUUUUCCACAAUGUGACGGAAGGAGUUCUUCAUAAGGCUAUUAUCAUGAUUGAUAGUAAGGACAAAAUGCUUGAUUAA